AUGUCGCAGAUAGAAGAGCUUCCAGAUGACUUUGAUGAGCAUGUCAGUCUCAAUGAUGCGCCCAAGAACCUGCCCUCAAUCGAAGAGCUGUACGAUCAGCACAUCUCGGCGUCUGGUCCCUCACAAAACCAGAUGUCUUCCAAGAGCUUCGAAGAAAUCGUGCAGGAUAUGAGCAAAACCCCGCUCUUUAUGAACAGUCUUGACGAAGCGACUACCGACGAUGGAGAGAAUAUAAUGCUCGAGGCCAUUAAAGCCCUGCAAAACGAGGGAACAAAAGCGGAAGUGGCACAAGGAUUUAAAGAGCGUGGGAACGAAAUGGUCGCGGAGAAGAAGUGGAAGGAUGCCAGAGAGUUCUACACCAAAGGGCUUGCAGUCCUAACAACCAAGGACGAAGACAAGUGGGACAAGCCUGAAGACGAGACCGCAGAAGAGACGCUUCGAGUCCUGCUUCACGAACAACUACUCGUCAAUCGAGCCCGGUGUAAUCUGGAAUUGAGAAACUACCGGUCAACCAUCCAAGACAGUGCUGCUGCACUACGUAUUAACCCUGCAAACAUCAAAGCGCAUUAUAGGUCGGCCUCCGCCCUGCUCGCGCUGGACAAAGUUCUCGAAGCACUGGAUGUGGCAUCUCGUGGAUUCAAACUCGAUCCAACCAAUACAGCUUUGAAGAAACUGUUGGACCAGAUCAGAAGCCGGAUGGCAGUCAAAGAGGCAGAAGACCGCCGGCGCUUAGCAGAGCUGAGAAGGAAACAACAGGAGAAGGCAGCGUUAGACGCGGCGUUGAAGGCACGAAAGAUCGUUGUCCGUGGAUCUAAACACCCUCCGAACUUGGAAGACGCGACCAUUCGGUUGUCGCCAGAUCCGCUAUCGCCCAAAAGUCUGCUAGAAUUCCCAGUGAUGUUGCUCUAUCCGAUGCAUAACCAGACCGAUCUAAUCAAGGCCUGGGCCGAGAAAGAUGCCAUAACACAUCACCUGAGCUACAUACUACCCUUGCCGUGGGAUAGCAAGAACGAAUACAAACUGUCGACAGUAGACUGCUACAUGGAUACCAUCAGCGGUGGGCUCAUGAAAGUCGGUAAGAAGCUGACUUUGCUGGAGGCACUCUCCAAUGGGAAGACUGAGGUGGUGGACGGGCUGGUUAGGAUUUAUGUGGUGCCAGUGUCACUUGCACCUCAAUGGAUAGAAGAGAUGAAGAAGAAAAGGGGCAAAUAG